UUGCGGACCGAAGCGAGCAUCCCGCGGCGCGUUCCCAGACGCGCCUUUCAAGGUCCUCCGCUCCCAGAUCACAACAUUCCUUGCUCCUCCACCCCCAGACGCUCAGAAUAACACAUCCCUUUGACUAUCUUUAAGCACUCUGCGCAUCUACCAUGAGCGACAGUUCUUCCCCGCCCUCCUCUGCCUCCAAUUGCGACAGACGCUCUAGUCCGUCCUCAGGCGGCCUUGCUUUCCUGGUCCACUCUCCCAAUACCGUACAAAACAAUCUUCCUCCCGACGUGGACAACAAACCACUCGCUCGUCAAAAGCGUCGCCGCACCAGCAAAGAAGAUGAGGACAUAUUGAAGGCAGAAUACCAGCGGAAUCCGAAGCCAGACAAAGCGACGCGCCUAGAUAUAGUCCGUCGAGUCGCGCUUGGAGAGAAGGAAGUCCAGAUCUGGUUUCAGAACAAACGCCAGAACGACCGCCGGAGAUCCCAGCCCGCCCAGACGUAUGACCUGUACUCUUCUUCAGGCCCAAGUUCCGACGGCCCUCACCCCGCAACCAUGUCUCCCAGCCUGCAAGUUGCCGUGGACCGCGACGAUGACGCGCAAGAACACGAUAUUGAAGAGAAGGACAGUCCGCAGACCGCUUCCGAGCCCGCGAAUCUACCGCCACCCACAACCACAACUACUUCCUCUGCGGGUCUGGACACAAGUCUAGAGCCCUCGCAAACACAGCAAACGUUAGACGCAGAAACGCAAUCCACAGAUGCAACCCACGUGCAAUCAACAGAUCCGCAGUCGUACGACACAGCGCCAACAGAAUUACCUUGCUCGCAACCUCUGCCAUCGUCCCAGGAAUCCGCGCAAGGACUGCGACCAGGAUAUCUUGCAAACAGACGUAACGCAUCGUUCAUCAAGAGUCAGGAGACCGACUUGCUAGGACCCAUACCUACGAAUGCAGUUUCGGACAAACCGCAAAAUUCGACCCGUGGAUUGAAGCGCACGCAUUCCUAUGUGCGCCUUUCCAUGACCGUUGACGGCAAGGCUCGUGUGGUCACGGAUGCCGACGAAUCGCCGUCCCCGCCAAAGUCCCGUCAGCUCCCUCCAGCUGUCUUCGAGGGACGCUCUGCUGGGCUUCGCCGAAGCUACAGUGCGACUGGUCUUCAUGAUAGGUUCGCAGAGGCGAGUGCUCAGGGACCACCAAGUAAAUUCGCUCGAACAUCUAUCGGACGAUCUCGCGACUCCAGAGCAUGGGAGUUUUGGUGCGAUGCAGAUGCUAGGAGUUCCUUGACGGAGAAAGCCGACCAAGAGGGGAGCGGCUCGGCAGCAGAUGCCAUCAGCUUGAUUCGAGCAAACAGCAGAGGAGCACUCCGAUCCAACCCAAAUAGGACGAACACCCCAUUACUAUCGCGAGAAAACUCGAAGAGAGCGAAGCAGGAUGGAAAGGUUGCCAAAAAGGGUUUAGUCCGAGCGUCAACAACAUAUGGUCGGCUACAAUCAAGAUCAAAUGAGCCUGGAUUAGCGAAAUCGGAGGAAAAAGGCGAAGACAACGAGAACGACUUCGAGAUUCCCCAAACUGAGUCCGAUAAGGAGAACUGGGAACCUGAAGAUCCGGCUCCAAAUUCUGGUCGCGCCAAAGGCUCUCAGUCGCAGCCCGCAUUCCAACGCCGGUCACGGCAGAUUCUAGGCGAGAACACGGAGAUUUUGAGUCAGUGCAGUAGUCUUGGUGUCAUGAUGGAUCGAGAAAAGAGACUGAAGGCGAAUCGGAAGAGCAAAGGUGCGGAGGGAGAGAACGUUUGUCCCGACGAUGAUGAGGAGGUUGCUUCGUUCAUGGGUAGUAAAGGCGCUUCUAGCGUACGCAGCGUCUCUAGUGGCGAGGAAUUAGGAUGUGUGGAAGGAUUGUUGGCCUUGGCUAACUGGAGGUAAGGUAGGUGCGCGGGCAUGUUGGAUGUCGAAGAGUCGUCUUAGCUAUUAUGGUUGGGUGUCUAGGUGGCCGGCUGGGUAUGGUGUACUAGGUGUACUACGGUGUCGUCGGUUGUUGAUAUUAAUCUUCAUCCUUAUCAGCUCCAUGGUGUCAUCUAAAGCGUUUGUGUGUAAUGAGCGUUUCAUGCUUGAGGAUCAUCGACAACAGUAUGGUUUUAGGUUCAAGUCCACGACGUCUCAUGUCUUCGAUUUUCCGGAUGCGUCGAAACAAUACCGCCUCCAAAACGUGGGCACCUAUCAUAGAGCUACGAGAGCGUAGAAUCAUGCU